AUGUUAUAUUGGUAGAAAGUAUAGCAUAUAGGCUUUCUUCAUUUAUUUCACAUAAUUUAUCAUUUAUUUCUAUGAUUUGUGUAUGUUUUAUAUGUAUAGCAUUAUUUUAAUAUUAAUAUGUUUUAAUAUAAAUUUAAUAAAUAAUAUAGUUUGAGUAAAUUAUCAUUUUAUGUAUUAUCCUUUAUUUCUUUAAUUUCUAUAUCAUGCUUUGAACUAUGAUUGGUUCUUUAUACAAAUUAUUUUUACAAACUUAUUUUAUAUGAUAAUGUGUGUAAUAUAUAUAAUUGAAUUUAAAAUAAUAAUAUUUACUAGAAAAUAUAAUCUUAUAUAUUAUAAAUGAUAUGAUACAAAAUUCAAUUCUUCUUUAAAUAUGAGUAUAACCUAUCAAACUAAAAUUUUGUUUAUGGGAAGUGACUAAUUUUUGGCCAACUAGCAUAAAUCGUUAUUUUAUAAACUAAAAGUCUAAAUUAAAUAAUCAAUAGAUUAUUUAGAGUCAAAAGAUAUCAUGGAAGAAAAAAAUCUAACUGAUGAACAAAAGAAGUUUUUGGAAGAAUGUGAAAAUCAAUUCAAAGAUCGGUAUACAGAAAAAGAUAUUGAAUUUAUGAAAGUUAAAAAUAUGGAAUUAAAAAAACCUCCAAUCAUUGAUCCUUGGUAUCCUAGAAGAAAAAGAUAUUUUUUUCCCCAAGAAAGGGGUGAAAUAUAUAGGAAUUCUGAUCGAUAUUAUUCUCAACGUUAUAGACCUUAUAAUUAUUAAAUUUAUAAAAAAACUUAUAAAUUCUAUAAUAAAUUUUUUGUAAAUAGCUUUAUAAUUAAUCCAUAACCAUUCGUUAUAUAAUAAAGUAUUAUUUGAAUUUAUAUAAUUUUGUUAUAUAAACAUAUUUUUAUAUAUUAAAUUGUAAUAUAUUUUACAUUUAUUAUUGUAUAAUUUAAAAAAAAAUUAAUAUUUAAUUUGCAUUUAAUAAAAAUCAAGAAUAUUUAACCUUUAAAAUUAAUUUAAAUUUAUACAUUGUAAUUUUGUAUCAAGCUUUACAAGAAUAUUUAAUUAUUUUUUAUAAAAACAUUAAAUAAAUGUAAGAUUAUUAUGAAUUUCUUUAUAAUAUAUGAUCUAAUUUAAUAAAUAAUUUAUAUUUUAUCUAAUUAUCAGAUUUUCUAUGGCAAUAUGAUAAGAUUUCUAAUGUUUGUUAAUUCUUAUUGAUAUAAUGUUUAAAUAACAUAAUCAUCUUAUAUGAACAAUAUGAAUAUAUAUAUGUAUGAAUCUAUAUGUAUAUAUACACAUUUAUAUGUAUAUUUAAGACGGAAAUGAGUCAAUCAGCUGUUAUGUGAACAUGUGAUUUUUUUUUUUUUUGCCAUAUAUUAAAUUUUAUUAAAUAAAAAGUUACAUAUUAUAUAUUAUAUAUCAAUUAUAUGUUUGAAGAUACAUCUAAGAAAUUGAAAAAAAAAUUAUAAAUAAUUAGAAAAUGAUAGUACAUAAUAUCAGAAUGUGAUUAUAAUAUAUGAUAAUACAUGUAUAUAUAUAUAUAUAAGUUUAUAUGUAUAUAAAUAUUGAAAAACAUAUGCUUCAUAGUUACAGAGUCAGUCAAUUGAACGUUUCAUUUACUUUCGGAUAUAUAUAUCAAUCUAACUUGUAGUGCACAUUGUUCGCGUGAUUAACAAAUGAAAGCUUUAUAUGGAUAAAUUCUACAACAUUCGCAAUAAUGCAGAAUACAAAUUUUAUUUAAGUUCGCGAAUUCAAUGCAGUUGUAAUAUUUUUAAAUGACAUGCGUGUGCGCAAAUUUUAAAAAAAGAAUUGUAUUUAUAAAUUAUCAUUAAAAUUAAAAAACAUUGAAAAAUCUGGAAAGAGAAAAAGAGAGAAAAAAAUAAAAAUUUAUAUUUGUUUGUAAUUAAAAUAAAAAAAUUUGUAAUUUUAUAAGAAGAAUAUAAUAUAAAAGUAUAAUUUAUUCUUUUAUGCAAAUUUUAUAUGAUAACUUUUAAUGGCUUGGUGUAAAAAAUUAUUUCAUAGAAGAAACAAUACUUUUGUGGAUGAUGAUUUGGAAACUGUUUUUGAAAAAAAAGAACGAUGGAGAAGUAUUUAUGUAAUUUAUUUUACCAUGUUUCUUAUGUCUUUGGGUUUUAGUAUUAUACUAACAGGAGUAUGGCCAUAUCUUGAUAAGUUGGAUAGUACUGCUGGUAAAGAAUAUAUGGGAUAUGUAGUUGCAGCAAAUCCUUUAGGGCAAAUGUUAUUUUCUCCUCUAGUAGGAUGGUGGGGAGAUAAAAGAGGAUCUAUAAGACUUCCACUUUUAUCAACAUUAGCUUUAUUUACAUUUGCAUCAGGAUUAUAUAGUAUCCUUGAGAUUGUACCAGGCGAUCGAAAAAUGUAUAUGAUAGUUGCCAGGUUUUUGGUUGGAGUUAGUUCUGCGAAUAUUGCAGUAGCACGGUCUUAUCUCUCAGCAGCUACAAAAUUUAUAGAAAGAACACAUGCUGUUUCAAUGGUAUCUCUUGCUCAGGUAUUAGGAUUUGUGGUAGGUCCUAGUUUACAAGCUGCAGUUACACCUCUUGGAGAAAAGGGUGUAUAUUUUAUAAAUAUACCUAUUAAUAUGUAUACUAUGACUGGUUGGAUAAAUGUCAUAAUGGGAAUUCUUAAUUUUAUUUUAUUCCUUCCAUGGAAUUUUACAGAACGUCGAAUUGCUAUUCGCGAGGCAAUGCGAAAUGAAGGAAAACAAACUGAGGAAGAAACAUUGAAAUCUAUAAAACCAGACAAUUUAGCAGCCUGGACAUUAAUUUGUGCAUUUUUUGUCUUAGUAUUUAAUUUUGUUCUUCUUGAAACACUUGGUACUUCUUUAACUAUGGAUCAAUUUGCAUGGUCAAAAACAGAAGCUUUAUAUUACAUGGGUAUAUUAAUGAGUAUUGGAGCUGUUGUAUCAUGCAUUACAUUUGUUAUGAUUGAACCUUUGUGCAAAAAAUUUAAUGAACGUAAGGUAAUGCUAUGGGGUGGAUUUUUAUUUAUGGUAAUAGGAAGGAUUUUAUGUAUUCCAUGGGGACCAGGUCCUCCAAAAAUUGCUUAUCUGGAAUCAUUUAAUAAUAUUACAAAAAAUUUCAAUGGGACAGAAAUUGUAGGAUGUCCAAGUACUCAAGAAUGGUGUAGCUAUACACCACAACUUACACCUGUACAGUUUUUUAUUGGAUAUGGAUUCACUACUAUAGGAUAUCCAUUAGGUAUUACUCUAAUACAAACUAUCUUCAGUAAAGUAUUAGGACCUCGUCCACAAGGUGUUUGGAUGGGUUUUAUGACAGGUGCUGGAUGUGCUUCUCGUGUCUUAGGUCCAGUAUUUGUUAGUGUAAUUUAUACUCGUUUUGGAACAUAUCAUACCUUUGGUAUUACUGGAUUAACAUUGGUAGUAUGUAUGUCAUGGUUACAAAUUGUAAACAAACGAUUAGUUCCACCAAAAGCAACAAUUCUAUCAAAAGAUAUGGAAAUUCCAUUAGUUCAUCUCAAAUCUAAUGAUAUUCAAGAUUUAAAUGAUGCACAAAAAAGCAAUAAAAAUGAGGAAUGUGAUAAAAUGUAGUAAUUAAUAUACUCUAAAAGAAAAAUUUUAAUUUUUAUAAGAUUAUAUAUCUCAAUAUAUAAAUAUAUAUUGAACAACAAUUUAGAAUUACAGUGUAUAAAUGCAAUUAUGAUAUAAAAUUUAAGUAUAUUUUUUAUGGAUAUUUACAGAUUUUUAAUACAUGUUUUAAAUAUAUAAUUCAUAGGUUAUAAAUAAAUAUACAAAAAAUGAAAGAAUAUAAUUAAAAUUAUGAAAAUAGUUUUUAGAAACACAUAAACAACUUUUUUUUUUAUAAUGAUUUUACAAUCAAAUUAUCACUAUAUAAUUCGAAUUUUAUUUAAUUAAAAUUACAAUUAAAAUUAUAUGUAUACAAUAUUGUCAAUAAUUUAUAUUUAAUAGUUGUGCUAAAAAAAAAGAAAUAGAAAUUUAUGAUAUUAUCAAGCAUAUAAAAAUUACAACUAUAAUAAAUUUUUAAAUACUCAAUAAUUUUAUAACAAAAAGAAAAUAUAUAAUAUAAAAGUUUUCAAAUUUAUAUAAAUAUUCAUUUCAUAUGAAAAGACUGAUAUUUUGCUCAAUUUAUAUCUAAAAAAUAAGGGUGCUAUGAAAUUUGAAGAUUGCAAAUGUCUUUUAUUAAAUAAUUUGAAUUUGUACUUACCACAAGUAAUUGAAUAAGAAUUUAUAUUUGAAUAAACUCAGUGAAUAUUAUAAAUUAAAAAGAUUUUAUAUAUAAGAUUUACAAAAUAAGGAAUUUUAAAUUUUUAUAAUUAAUAUAAUCAUUUAAAAUUAAAUAAAAUUAUAAUUUUAGUGAAAUAAGUAUAAAGUGUAUAUAUGUUUUCUAAAAUAAUUAUAUUCUUAAAUAAUGUAUACAAUAAAGAAUAUGGAUAAAGCAAUAUAUA